AUGCCCCUCAAGGUCCGUUGGUCUGAUGCAGUUAUCAGACUUCCUCACUCUCACUACCAACUGCACGUUUUCCGCCAGAGUCAUGGCCCUCCUGCGCAGAUUAGGCGUCAUCGUCGUGUGGGCGAGCACGGCGCUCACACCCCAGCCAUCUCCUCCUCCUGUCUCCCACAACAACAUGUCAAGGCAAACCUACACCUACAACGAACUCGCUGGCUUCGGUUCCAUCCCUCUGACACAAGAGAUAAAUUCGGCGACACCAUCAGCAUCGGCUCCUCAACCGCGAUCACCAACUGGAAAAAAGCGAUCUGCCGGUGGCAAAACAAACAAACAUACUACACCGGCACCCUCUACGGCCUCCCAGACCGAGGCUGGAACACCCAAGGCACCCAAAACACUAUCCUCGCGUUCACACAUUUGACGUAA